GGCUCCUAACCCUACAAGAAGCACAACUCUCUCCCACACUCCCAAUCACACUCUCAGACUCCACAGAGCAACGAUGGGCCUCCUAACAAUCGCUGCUGCGGCCACAUUGGGCGCAGGAACUACGGUGGUUGCGGCUCCUCUUGUUCUGGGAGCCAUAGGUUUCACCUCAGUUGGCAUUGCAGGCGGCUCCAUUGCAGCGAGCAUGAUGUCCACCGCUGCUGUCGCUAACGGAGGUGGAGUGGCAGCGGGAGGUCUGGUGGCCCUUUUACAAUCAGCCGGGAUGGCCGGUCUGUCAGGAGGCGCCACUGCAGCCGUAAGCGGCGCUGGAGGAGUAGUGGGAGGACUGGUGGCUGCACUCAUCUGAGACCAGACUGAAAAUCAUGAAGGAAUAAUAAUUUCUCCAAAAAGAAAUUCACAUUGUCGAAUAGUCCAACUGUCAUCACAUAAAUAAAAUGAAUCUGAAGUGUU